GCGCGCCUAUUAAGCGCCUUUCCUUCUUAUGUGGCGUAUUCUGAAAAUACUCGACGGCCCGUUCGAUGUUCAGCUUAUCGCUGCGACCACAAUACCCCCAAUGGCCACAACAUUGAUUCGAAACUAUCUGAGUCGGCACAGAGUUGAAGCUUUUAGACUGACCCUUUUCGGCCGCUCUCUCCUUCUUCUCACUUGCGAAAUCCUAGCCAAUGCCUUGUGCUGGACAGCUGCUGGUGUAAUGUUCGGUCGUACCAAAGAAACAAAGUCAAUUCUCGGACUUGCAAUGCUUGCAUGGACUUUGGGGUUGCGGCAUGCUUUGGACGCUGAUCAUAUCAGUGCAAUCGAUAAUGCAACUCGGGGAUUCAUAGCGAUGGACCAGUUACCUGUCACCUGUGGGCUUUACUUCUCUCUGGGUCAUAGCACCAUCGUCAUUGUCGUAAAUGUUGCGAUUGCCAUAUCAUCAAACAUCGCAAGUAAAUUAGACGGGGUAGGCCAAGUUGGUAGCAUAAUCGGCUCAGCAAUCAGUGGAUCAUUUUUGUUCAUCGUUGCACUCAUGAACUCCAUCAUCCUGUUCAAGCUGAUGAGACGGCGGCGACUCCGCUCUCAAGCAGCAAAUUCUGAUUCUGCCGAUAAUGUGCCAUACAACCCAAAAGAAAAUCAUAUGCUAAUGAUGAGAAUCAUCGGGCCUGUGGUAACCUUUGUAAACAAACCUUGGAAGAUGUACCCUGUAGGCCUACUCUUUGGUCUCGGAUUUGAUACCACAUCUUCUAUAGCCCUCCUCGCUGUCUCUGCGUUAACCAAGACAUCCGGUGGAAAAGCUAUCCCUCCCUCAGAUGUUGUUAUUCUUCCGUUUCUUUUCACUGCAGGAAUGACGUUAGUCGACUCACUGGAUUCGGUGUUGAUGUUAUAUUCUUAUGCUGGCUUUCCGGAACAUUCUUUGAGAAUUUUCGAAACAAGUCGCAUGCAUCGUGAUAGCAUCAGCGAACUUACUCACCCGGAUGGUGACCAAAUCGAAACAAAAGUUGACAUUCCUGUUGGCAACGAACCCCAGUCCGAAGCAGAAAUACAAAUCACUAAAAUUGCUCAGGUUAAGCAAAAUGCGAUUUCGGGUCUUAGUAUUCUCCUCACGCUAAUGAGUAUAAUGGUCGCCCUCAGCAUCUCUUUGAUCGAAAUCAUGGCGUUGAUUGGUAAUAACUGUACUCCUUGCCAAACUGCGGCUCAGGCGGAGGACGGUGGUGGCCUUGCUGGGAGUUGGUGGAGGGGCUGGAACGUGGCAAAUAACCACAUAGGCUACAUCGGUGCAGGAAUUGUUGGUGCGUUCGUGGUGCUCGUCGGUGGUUGGUACGCGUUCACAUGGGUAAUAAAAAGAAUUCGUCAGCGUAGAUCUGUGUAAGAAAUUUUGGAACAGCAGCAAAGGAGUCUUUGUCAAUGUAAAAAACUAUGAUAAAUUUCUAUUUUUGACUCCCUU